AGACCAAAGUUUUCCCUACAGAAGGAUGAGUUCAACACGGAGUUGUCUUCUUCUUGUUAGUAUUGCACUUUCUUGGUUAAUGUGCUUAGCUGCACCUCAUGCAGAAUUUUCUGGAGAUCCUGGUUUACAUCAGUUCGCUUCAAAAAAUAAGGAGUUUGCCAUCAGGAUAAAGGCUGAUCUCCUUGCACUGAAUGGGCUUGUGCGUAAAGCAUUCAGCUUUGGCAGCAACAGAGAACUGAUAACGAUAGAGAAACUCUUGGGCAUUCAACAAGUUAAUAUCUCUCAUUGCCAGCAGGAUCCUUGUGACAUGGAAAGAUGCUUCAAUCAGGUACAGGCAGGCCUCCAAACCUACUUCGGUUACCUCUCACAUAUUCGCCAAAUCUUAACAACUUUCGCUGACCAAGUACUCAGUAUUCAACUGGAUAUUUCCAACUUGUCCCACAACAUUCAACAGCAGAUGGAAGAAAGCAGUCUGACUAGUGUUGUCUAUCCACAGGCAGAAAAUGAGCCUAAAUUUGUGGAAGUUCAAAGAGAAAUUGGAAGCUACCUGGUUCUCUGCAAACUCCAGAUAUUUAUGGACAUGAUUUUCCGGGCCUUGAGGCACUGUAGCACAUAAAGGGAAUCUAUGGAGAAUUCUCACUAAAGACUUUGAAGCUGAUAUAGUUCUGUGCACAAAAGGAAGCGCUAAGACUUGCUUUUACCUGACAGGACUGCUUUGACGGGUAGAAUUCCAGCUUCUCUGUCUUUGUUUUUAAUUUAUUUUAAAUUUUUAUAUACCAUGUUAAUACACUGAAAGUAGGAGACAAUAAAAUAAUCCAGAUAAAUUUAGCUCUAAGAGAAAUAAAAAUAUUAGCUGAGUUUGUACAACAUGUUAGAUUAGACUAAAGUGGAGCUGGGUUGCUUAAGAUUCAGCAUGUUGUGAAAAGCAAACCAUUGCCUUAUAUUAUGAACACUCCAUUCUCUUAAGUCAGUUUCUCAACCUCAGCAAUUCUGGCUUUGUGGAAAGCUGAAGUCUUAAGAAUUGCUAAAGUUGAGAAACAUUGGGUUAAGUUGUAAUUUGUUUUAAAACUGACUAUUUAAAUUUUUAUAAUUAGCAUUCAAAUAAUUAUUGGUACAGUAUUGAGAGAAGAGCAUCUCACACAUGUACGUGGAAAUGGGAAAAUUGCCUUCAGAAUAUUUCAGAGAUCUUUUACCACUUGAGAGGCUACUACAGUUAAAACUUCAGUUGUUUAAGACUGAUAAUGAUUAACUUGUAAGAAAAAUGGAUUCCCUCCCCCAAAUAUCAAAUAUUUUGCAAUGAAAUGUAUUCUUAUGAGGGCAAGGUCCCAGUUCACUCAAGCUCUCCUUUCCCUGAUGUAAUAUCACUGUGAUAAGUUUUUAAAAGUUUGUUACGAGUUUUAAUUUAUUAGCAUAUUUAAUAUUUAUAGUGUCAGAAUUGUUGAAUCUUGAAUUUGGACUUCAGUACUAGAUAUUUAUUUAUUAUUUAUACCAAUGCUGUCAGAUGAACGGAAAACAGUUGUUUAGAUUUCAGCCAUUCUUGAGUGCACAGUUCACAGUGCUAUAGCUAUGUGUGGCAUGUAUGUUGAGUACAAACAACAUUAAACUACUGUUUAAUAUUUAAACAUAAGAGUACUAGCUGGUGGUAGCUAGACAAAACUAUAGGAUGAAACAUAAGGGAAGUUUGCAAUUCCUGUCUUUAUUAGUGUUUGGGGCAUACAGUAUAGUCUGUGUCCUUACCAUUUCUUACCGAUGUGAAAUAGACUGCAGGCAUUCAUAGUCUAUUUUUAGAAGAGGUUCAGUUCAUAACUUCCAUCAUCCUCUAUCAUUUGCCAUACUAUUGUGUAGAAAAUAACUGUAGCGUAAAAAGGUCAACAACUCCCAGACUGCUUAACCUAGCUUUAUGUACAGUAAUCCUGAUCCAAAAUAAAUUCCUGAUUUAAGCAAACUAAUAAACAGCGCUCCCUCUGCCAUUAUGUCCUCUGCCAUUUGCUAGACAGUUUCUGAUAUCACCAAGCCACCUAUGUUAUGUCACCAGGCAUUAACAUCUUUCUUUUAAGAGUCUGGUGAUAGAGGCAGACCAACCCAUUCUAACAAGGCCAAGUGGUUAAGUUGAUACCAUUUCAAGCUUUAAGAAUUCAUAAGUAUAAAGUAUGUGUUCAUUUGCUGUAGAAUUUUAUGUAGAGGUAUUAUUUAAUAAUUAUCUAUGUAUCUUAUUUAUGUUACAGUGGAAUUAAGUUAUCAUUUAAAUGAUUUUAACACAAAGGUAAACAGCCAUUGGAGUUGCACUCAGUUCCUAACUACUUGAAUACUAUGUUUCUUUGUUUAAAUGCAGUCCUUCGCCAAAAUCGAUGCUGAUUUCUAUGGAAUCCCAUUGGAUUCAUUUUGGGAGAAUGUUAUAGUAAAUGUGUGCGUGUGUUUAAAGUUUACACAGAAUUCUUGUCAUUCAAUUUCUCCAGCUGCUAGUGUCUACUAUAACUGAAUGAAUUUGAAAUGAUAUUGCUUGAACAUUGUAUAGUGUCAGUAUCCUGAAUCUUGUUCAAAGGAGCAAUUUCAUUAAAACUUUUGACAACUUUUAUUUUCUAAAUGCUGUUUUAUUUUUGUUUAGUUGUGGUAUAGCCAUCACAUUCCAUUUGAGGUAAAAAUGUCAGUAUUCCUAUCUGUCAGUUCUUUGAAGAGGUGAGAAAUAAAUUGUAAACAGGUACUCUAAGUUGUAACUACUUGUAUGAUCAUGACACUAAGUAUAAUGUUACAUUUUUAUCUGUUUUUAAAUAAAUUUUCUAUCA